CGCCGCUGCCAAUUCUCUCGUCAGAGAGACAGAGAGAGAGCGGGGCCGACGGCGUUGCGUCUUCUCCUUCCUCUCCUGGUUGUAUCGGCGAUCUGUGCCGACGAAGGUGGGGUACACUCUAUCAUAAAUGGUGAGGAUCUCUGUUUCUGGCGUCACGAUCGGGGUAUUAUCCCAUUCUUCCGCUCUCCAUCGGAGGAUUAUCAUCGAAGGUCAUGGUUCUUGUUUCUUCUCUGGAAGAGAUGUCUUCUUCUUGAGAUUCCUUUUGCAUUCGGGUGUCCUUCGGUAAUGACUAUUGCUUUUCAAGCUUGUUUUCUCUCAGUUUCAUAUAAUUCUUAACAGAAAUGUUCCAGAGAUGAUGAGCUUUGGUCAUCACAUACCUCAUUUUUAUCAACCAUAUGCAUGUAUAAAAUUUUGCAGUGUUGUUGAAUUUCUUAGUAGACUAGUUUGGCCAUUAUGCUUAGUCUAAAAAUGUUCCAGAGAUGAGCUUUGGCAAUUAUUCUGGAUUAUUUCUUCAUGUUGAGGUUCUGCACCUCAAUCUUUCUUUCCGACAAAAGAUUUUAUCUUAGGUCUAAUUAUAUCAUAGUUUAUACAUUUAUGCCUUAAUAAUUAGGUAUAAUGUAGAUAUAUAUUGAUUGAGUAGGCACAAUUUAGAUACAUAUGUUGUUCAAAUUGUUUCACGAAGCCUGAUGUAUGUGGUUGUAUUGGAUGUUCAGUUUGUGGCCAAUUGAGAUGGGCCGAACCGAGAUACGGUCGGAGUUAGAAAAAUCUGAACCGGUUCGUAGUCAACCAGUCCAGUCGUACAUGGUUUACCUUCUGGAAAAGCCAGCAAUUUCUCGUUUGUGUUGGUUUUGCGCUUCUUUCAAAUCGUUUACUGCUGUUCCACGAAAUCACAAACUACCUGGACGUUUAGACCUGGCACUUUACCUACCCUUUUAUUGGAGGCAUCGCUGGUCCCACAGGUCCGUCACUGUGCAGGUAGGCCAUGGGAAAACGAGACGGGUGAGGGACGAGUAUUAUUUGGUUGGUCUAUUUAUUUGAUGUGUUUGUUUCCGUUCCAGAAGUGGAAACACCAGAAGCUUCUCCUCGGUUCAAAUCCAGUCGCUCCGUCUAAACUGGUGACGUCCUCGACUGUCUCUCUCGAUCUCUCAUAUUUGUUUCCUUUCCCUCCAAGGCUGCUGCAACGCGAUCACAAAAGCCGAGAAGACCAAGAGACAACGACGGUAACUAAACCCUUCUCUCUCUGUAUCUCUCUCGGCGAUGGUCGUGUCUUGUGGCAUCGAGUGCGUAUUCUGCCUGGGGUGCACGCGGUGGGCCUGCCGCCGCUGCGGGUACGUCGGCGCCGACGACAGCGCCGCCUGGGCGCCCGCCACGCCCGAUGAGUUCGCCCCCAUUCCUCGCGCCUGCCGCGCCGUCCUUGCGGCCUACGAAGACGACCUCGCCCGCCCCCGCUGGGCCCCCGCUCGCCCCGGCGGGUAUCGGAUGGAUCCCGCCGCCGUCGUCAAACGCGCCUCCUACGCCGACACCCGCGGCCGCUGCCCGCCCUACCUCCUCUACGUCGACCGCGCCGCCCACGAAGUCGUCCUUGCCGUCCGUGGUCUCAACCUUGGCCACGACGCCGACUACCGCCUCCUGCUCGACAACCCUCCCGGUUCCCAGCCCUUCGACGGCGGCUACGUCCACCUCGGCCUGCUGAAGGCCGCCGCCUGGCUGCUCAACCGCGAGGCCGACACCCUGUGCCACCUCCUUAGGGAUUGCGGGCCCGAGUAUGGCCUCGUGCUGGUCGGCCACUCGCUCGGCGCCGGCGUGGCGGCCCUUAUGGCCAUGGUGGUGGUGAACCACCUCGACCGGUUCGGGGAGAUCCCAAGGAGCCGCGUCCGAUGCUACGCCAUCUCGCCGGCCAGGUGCAUGUCGCUGAAUCUUGCGGUGAAGUACGCUGACGUGAUCCACUCCGUGGUGUUGCAGGACGAUUUCCUUCCAAGAACGCCAACACCUUUGCAACAUAUUUUUGGAUCUAUUUUCUGUCUGCCAUGUUUGUUAUUUUUGGUUUGCAUGAGAGAUACAUUUAUAUCUGAAGAUAGAAAGCUUAAGGAUCCAAAAAGGCUCUACGCCCCCGGUCGGAUGUAUCAUAUUGUGGAGAGAAAAUUUUGCAGAUGUGGAAGAUUCCCUCCUGAGGUGAGAACAGCCGUUCCUGUUGAAGGAAGAUUCGAGCAUAUAAUACUAUCAUGCAAUGCUAUGUUCGAUCAUGGAAUCAUUUGGACGGAGCGAGAAGCUCAGAAAGCUUUAGAAGUAAUGCUUAAAGGAAAUGUCAUGACAACCCCUCCGACGAGGCAACAGAUGGAGGGAAGGGGGUCUCUUCAGGAAGAACACAAUGAGGCACUGGAAAGAGCUUUGAGCUUGCACCUGCCUCACCCUGCCUCACAACACAGCGUACCCUUCCAAGACCAGGCAGCAUCAACGUGUGAGCACUAUGACAACAUGUCCUCAUGUAGUGAUGAUUCGGCAUCGAGUAGGACAAUGAAUUGGGAUGAGCUGGUGGAGAAGCUCUUUGAUGGGAAUGAACCACCAGGCAUGGUCUCAGAUGAAGAUGACAGCCUUGGCUCCAGUGUGAAGUUGUCUCUUCCUGUUAGAUGACUCUUCAACCUUAAUACUGAUGGAUGUUCUCAAGUUUGUAUAUUUCAUCAUUCUUUUGUACAGUUGGAAAUUGUGAUUCUUUUUAUAGACGGAUGAUAUUAGUUUCACAGUUUUGCGUGGUUGAA